GUUCAUGUGCUCGUCAGUUUGAUCUGAGCGAACAAGCUAUUGCUGGAAAGAAACGCGGAAAAUGGUCGCAGACAAAGUAGCCGUCAUUGUGUGCUGUCUCUUGGUGCUUUGCAGCCCCUUAGCAGCCGGAACCAUUAUCAAAUUCGCUAACUGUUCUGACGUAACAGCGUUAGAGGGAAAACUUAUCUCGGUCGACUUGACUCCAUGUCCGAGUCAACCGUGCGUCUUUCACAAAGGAACCAAUGUGACUGCCACGAUCAAGUUUUCUCCAGAAGAAAUGGUCACCGAUGGAACCUUGCAGGUGUAUGGGUUCAUUGAAGGAAUCAAGACCCCUUUCCCACUAGAGCAACCAGAUGCCUGCAAAGAACACGGCCUCGAGUGUCCGCUGAAAUCUGGGGUAACAUACAGCUUAGAGAUUACCCUCGCUAUAAAGCCAGCAUACCCUUCGAUUCAGCUCGUUGCACAGAUGGAUUUUAAACUCCCGGACGAUGGGUAUUUGUUCUGUUUCAAAUUUCCAAUGAGAAUUGCUGAUUGAGGUGUUGGAGUCGAGCGAUGGAAGCUCACGAGAUUUGAAAUUUUAGUUUCGAACGCUAUCAUGGAUGAAGAAACGUGAGGAGAAAAAAGUUGUUGUAAUUCAAAUUCGUAGAUGGAAUGAAACUGACUGUUGAUUUUGAAUAUAGCUUAUAGCUUUGGUAGAAGAUUUCAUCGAAGCAGUGCCGAUACGACAUUUACUAGCAGUAUGGAACGACUUAGGUAUGUAGCAUUUGCACAAAUUCAUAUGUAGCGGACUGCUGCCACAGUAAAUAAAAUAUCGGAGACCGUUCGUUUCGACGUUAAUUGUUGAGUGGAGUUUUUCGUAGAGAAAAGCAAGUUUGAAAUCACCUAUAAUAUACCGUAAAAUUUAAAGAUAUCAAUUUAUUUGGAAAAUAAAAAAUCCUUUUGCAAUUUUUA